UGAAUUGAUUACAAUUAGUGGAUGUCCAAAUUGAAAAUUAUAUAUGCUGCCCAUAAUAACUUCCUCCUUUAAAUGGAGAGAUUUUUUUCUUUUCUCAAAAUCCACGUUGUUGAAGUAUUGUCACUGUGAAAAGGAAGUUCUGUUUGUUUCUUAUACAAACAGGGUCGUGAAGUACAUGUUUGACCACUAUUUAUUUAUUCAUAAUAAUUGUAUGUGAUCACACGUACAAUUUUCUUAAAUUGAUUUAUGUCAAUUCCUUUUAAAGAUUGCGUAAAAAAAUCAUUUAAUGGAAAAAGGAACAUAAGAAAUGGGAUUAUAUUGGACGUAGUCAUAGAAGUUGAUUCACUGCCAUUCGUGGCUGUAAUUAAGAAGAAACUUCGAGGAAAGUAGUACUGGUGAAUUUUUUAUGCAUUGCAACUGCGAAUAAUGAAUCUAUAAAUUGAGAAGAGGCAAAGAGAAAGAAGUAGCAUUGGAUCAGAUAUGAAGUUAGAAGCAGCAAGAGGAGGAGGGUGCAAGUACCACCCUGAUAACAAGCAAUUACAAGGUGUUUGUCCCUUUUGCUUAAGAGACAAACUUUUGAAGCUCUAUGACAUAAACAAUCCAACUUAUCCUCUUCCUUCACCUUCUCAACCCUUUUCUUAUUAUAUGUCUCACAAUCACCAUCACCAUCACCAUCGUCGCCAUGCUUCUAGCGUGGUGGAUUCUGCCUCUUCCAUGGUUAGUUUCAAUUAUGGAUUGAAGAAGAGUAACUCCAUUGCCUUUGCUUCAGGAAGCCGAAACACAGAUAGGGAAGUCAAUGAAAACCGCGGGGGGAGUAAGAAAAUGGGUGUUUGGUCCAAGCUGCUCAAAUUGACCAGAAAGAACGGUAAGGAGGCCUUCAUGCAUUCCAGGACAGUGAGGGAGGGAAAGAGUAUGCAUUUUUAAUGUUAUUGUAGCUCCACUUUUUUUUUAGUGAUGUAACUACACAUAAUUGUGGAGGACUUUUAUUGAGUUUGCAAUUGGGUUCGUGCAAAGGUUUCCAUA